AUGCGGAAUCAAGGUCAUCUGAGUCUGCGAGGCGUCGCCUUGCAGGUGCUCUUCGCGGCCAAUGCCGUUGCCCAAACCCAAGCCGCUGUUCAGGCGAUGCCGCAGCCGACCCUGGCCAUUCCCAUGCCCUCGACCGUCAUAGAUGGAGUCGACUACAGCAUCCUCAGUAAACUGGCCGCUCAGCUGCCAGCCGUGCGCACCCCAGAGGACUCGCAUAACGCCAAUAACAUCGCAGCUCGUCGCCUGGACGCCAGUAGCUCCGGUGGCGUGGAAUCGCGCGAUGGCACCCUCAAGGUCCUCAUUGUCGGAGACUCCAUGUCGCAGGGCAAGGAAGGAGACUAUACCUGGCGAUACCGCAUCUCGCAGUGGUUCCAGAGCCAAAACGUUGGAGUCGAUUUCGUCGGCCCAUACAAGGGCACCCGCCCGCCGCCUGAAACUAAACCCCCAUCUGCGCCAGCGCUGAAAGGUGUCAAGGCUGCCGAUGCCGGUGUCCUGGCUUCUGGCGGCUAUGCUGCUGGCAUAUCCUUUGAUAGCGACCACUUCUCCAUCUGGGGACAGGCGUGCGCCGAGGAUGUCGGCCUCAUCCGCGACGUGGUCCAAAACGGCCAACCGGACGUCAUGCUCGUCAUGCUGGGCUUCAACGAUCUCGGCUGGUUUUACAGCGACGACAAGGGCCUCCUGCACAAUAUGCAAACCUUCAUCUCCAACGCCCGAGCGGCCAAGCCCAACAUCAAGAUUGCCCUUGCCAAUGUGCCCCAGCGCACGUCGCUCGGCCGCGAGGACUUGCCUCAGAAGACGACCGCCUAUAACAAGGCUUUGGUUGACGCAAUCCCCAAGUGGUCUACUGAUGAGUCUCCAAUUUACCUGGUCAAGCUGCAGGAAAACUACGACUGUAACCUCGGCGGCUGUCCCGUGGGCUACGACGGCUUGCAUCCCAACGCCAAGGGAGAGUACCAAAUUGCUCGCGCCUUUAGCUUGACCCUGGCCAACGACAUGAAGAUUGGAAGCUCACCCCUCGAGGUCCCUGGCAACAUCCCAGGCCGGCCCGUCGCUGUGCCCUCCAACUUUCAGGUCACCAGUUCGCCGCAAGGCGUCACUGCGACUUGGGACAAGGUCUACGGUACCUACGGCUACAAUGUGCGCUCGCGCAUCAGUGGAUACACUGACUGGUCCGUUGGCAAUGUUGCUAUCAACCGCUUCGACACACACUGGCCGCUCGAUGGAUACACGUAUGAUAUUCAGGUCCAGAGCGCCUGCGGCGACGGCUGUGCGGGUGACUGGACGUCCGUGGGAUCAGCCGUGGCCAAGCCUCAACUAGCCUCGGGACCCAAGAACGUCGAGGUCAGCGACGGCGGCUCUGGGACACUGCACGUUACAUGGGACUCUUCAACGGGCGAUUAUGCCGACUCUGUCAGCGAGUACUUUGUGCUAACCUGGGACCAGACCCAGCCCUGUGCCUGGAUUGGUGGCUACGCCUACCAAGGUAACUCGGCCGUGGUUGAUGGACUUGUUGAUGGCCACGAGUACUUUUUGGCCAUCACCGCGUGGAACAAGAACGGCGAGGGCUUUCCCAACGUGCUCCCCAAUCGUGUGAUUGGCGGUGGCACUCCGGGAACUCCUCCCGUGCCCAGCAUCCAGGCCAUCGACGCUGCCACCGCGCACUUGACGUGGAAUGAGGUCCCUGGCGCUGCCGGCUACUACUUGUGGACGCGCAACGUGAAUAAAGCCGGCGACGUGUCGGUCAGGCAGAAUAUUACGCGCAAGGGCAGCUGUGCCGAUGUCGGCCUUUUGUUCCCCGGCGUCUGGAACUACGAAUUCUGCCUGCAAGCCUUCAACGGUGACGACACGUCUCCCAAGGGGCCCUGCUCCACGGCGCCAUCCCCCGUCAAGGGAGCCGCCAUCCCCAGCUGUACCGCUGACGGAGCGAAGCAGUCGACCGGUUGUGCCUUUAACAACAUUCCCACCUUUACCGACCCCGGUCCUGGCAGCUCCAUGCCGACAACGACCAAGGGCCCCAGCAGCCAACCCACUCACUUGGGGCCUCAUCCUACUGGUACAGAGUCAGUAUUGACUCCGACAGAUUCCAUCCGGCCUUGGCAGACGGUGGACUGCGGAAACAAUGCAGUUACCAACCUUGACCGUGAAAGCGGCAAGACGUUGUGGGACGCACUCGACACCACCAAGGCCUGGUCCGACGUGACAUCUUUCUUCAUUGGCGACACUGAGCGUCCGGAAACUACAGAGUUCACCGAGGACGUGGCCAGAUUCUUCAACAUCACCACAACCAACUGGGGGUGCCGCAAGCUCGAAUACCACGGUGAUCAGGCCUGCAAGAUCCCCAUCGGCUGCCCCGACCCCAACGCACCUGCAGGCUGGGUGAUUCUCAACAGCAUCGCCGGUAUUGAGAGGACCAUUUCCAACCUCGCUGGGGCCAUCAGUGACUCUGAGGCCUCUGUUUCGGACCAGGUGGGUGGGAUUGUCGAUACGUUUGGCAAUCUCCCUGACGGCAAGGUGGAUGCUAUUCUCGGCAUGGUCAGCUUGGGUCUAGGCUUUUUAGCCGUACCGGGCUUUGGCGACUUGCUUAAAGAGCUGAACACUCUGAGACCCAAGGCUGGUGAUGCGGCAGCUGGGCUGAGGGACGCAGUGACCAACCUUGCAGGCCAGUCUACCUCGAUCGUCAAACAGACCGAGGCUGGCGACCCUACUGCCAUUAGCGAAGGCAACUCGCUCAAGGAAAACGUGCAGGGAAUCAUUCGUCUCUGGGAAGACACGCUCAAGGCAUACAACGACCAGCUGUUCAACGGAUCGCCCGAGUCCAUCACCUCGAUUCUCCACAUCAUCAUUGAUGGAGCCACCUUUGCGUCCGAGAGACCGGCCACGAUUGAUCUGCAGAAGCAGGUCGAGCGCGCCAUAUUUCCGCAGCUCAUCUACCAAGCAUGGACGCUCGGCAAGGCACCCCCAUUCAUCCUGGACAGUGGCGACGACUGCAAGGCCGGAGACCCUCCUCCCAAGAAGACCCCUGCCAGCAAGGAGGGCUACGCUUGUGUCAAUGGCAAGGCGUAUUACCUGACCAGCGCUCCUGGCACGUACUAUACCAACCCCAACUGCUACCAGCAUCCCGUGACGCAGUGCACUCCGACGGGAUACAAGACUCUUCCUGGUCAAAAGUCUAUCGACGGCAAGAGCUACGGCAACAUUACUAUUCAGGACUUUGUCGAGGGGUCUGUCAAUACGUGGAACUCUCGUGGACAACAGAACGGCGGAAGCAAUGCCGAUGACUUUGCCUCGAGUAUUGUUGGUCAAAUUUACGACAACCCUGGCGCCGAGUUUAAGAUCCCUGGUGUCUUUGCUAUUCCCGUCUGCAAAGACUCUGAGGCUCAAUUUAACUGGAAAGAGGGUCGACGCUCGGCCAACUUUCCAUGCAACCCUUCAAAGUAA